AUGGAGCCUCUGUUGAUGCUUUGCGACGCCGAUGUGGCGGCUGGCUGUACACUUGAGCCGUUUGUCGUUUGCAGCCUCUGCACUGUUACCCGCCGGUUCGAGGCUGCCGGCCGCAGCUUCCAGCAGACAUAUGAACGGCGGGAUUCCCUUAAACACCCACGGAAAUCUGGCUCAAAAAACACCCGGACACCUGAGGAGGACGACGACUACAGUGAGGAAGUAGGCAAAUCGAAGUCGAAGAGUGGAGGUGGCGGGAGUUCUUCCAUGUGCUCUGGAGGAAAUCUAAGGCGCAUUUUGGCCUACAAGGAGACGCUUUAUCAAAUAUUAGGGGUGCACGAAGGUGCAUCACUUGCAGAAAUUAAGAAACAGUACAGAAAGAAAGUUUUGGAAUACCAUCCAGAUAAAGCGAAGAGCGGUGGCACAAGCCCACCAGCACAUCCUUCAACCUCCACGUCCACUAGCACAGACAAUUCAGCAGAAGCAGGAGCCGCAGCAGGAGCAGAAUCUGCAGAAGGAGGAGUAGAAGGAGCAUACAUAACAGCGGCAGCAGCAGGGGGCCAACCAUCUUCAGAGCACGAGGCAUUUUUAAAGCUGCAGGAGGCCUAUGAAGCUCUUAGCGGCAAGUACAGCAGCUUUAGGAGGCAGUAUGAUUCUGCUUUGCCUUUUGACGAGAGUGUCCCUUCAGCAGCGGACUGUCAAUCCCCCGAGGAUUUUUAUAAAAUAUUUGGUGCUGCCUUCCAACGGAACGCCAGGUGGUCUGUGAACCGGCCCGUUCCUACGCUGGGUGAUUGCUCAACACCAUUGUCCGCAGUAGAGGAGUUUUAUGAGUUUUGGUUUGCUUUCGAGUCUUGGAGGGAUUUUGGUGUACAUGAUGAGCAUGACCUCGACCAAGCAGCAUGCAGACUGGAACGCAGGUGGAUGGAGCGGGAGAAUGCAAGAAUAAAAAAGAAAUACAUUAAGAACGAGAGGGCGCGCAUCCAGAAGCUUGUGGAGACGGCGCAUGCAGCAGACCCCCGAAUCAAGCAGCAGAAGGAAGAGGAAAGGAAGAAGAAAGAAGAAGAAAAGGCAGCACAAUUGAGAGCUAGAGAAGAAGCACGACGGGCAGCAGAGGAUCAGAAGAGAAGAGAAGAAGAGGAGGCUCGUAGCAGAGAAGAAGAGGCGCAGCGACUUCUCAAGCAGCAGCAGCAAGAGCGGGCGAUUCUCCGCAAAUGGCGGCAGACCUUCCGCUGGUUGUACCGACGCCUUGGGGAAGGAGAGGAGCAAUCGACUCUCCUAAACCCGGUUCGACUUCAGGAGUUGAGUAUGGCUCUAAACCUUGAGGAGAUGCAUCAAUUCCUCAGGACCGUCUACCAAAAGCUGGGCCUGCAGGACCUCAUGCAAGACGAGAUGGGCGAACCUCAGCCACUGCCUGAGGCUUUGAAUAUCUCGGCAGAGCAGCAGAGCGCUGUCUUGCGUUUGUAUUUAGAGAAAUGGCAAAAGCUCAAGGAGGCAGAGCUGCAACGAGGAAAAGCAGCUCAAGAGGAGGCGCAGCGCCUGCAGGAGGAAAAGCAGCGACAAGCUGUGGAGCGGAAGAAAGCGCAGCAGUCUGUAUGGACAGCUGAGGAGUUGUCGCUUCUGUCGAAGGCUCUGCAGAAGUUCCCAGGGGGCACCGCUCGCCGGUGGCAUCAAAUUGCCUCGUUUUUGGGAACGAAGACCCAAGAGGAGGAGGUGCAGCAGCAGAGCAUGCAGCAGCAAUUGAAAGCAGCAGGUGCCGCUGCAGCAGGCAGAAACGGGAAGGCAUGCGAAACAGUCGCCUCCAGCGCUGCGUGGACUCGGGAGCAGCAGAUUGCCCUUGAGAGUGCCUUGGCUAAGUUCCCUUCAACGAUGCCACCCCAGGAGCGUUGGUCGGCAAUUGCAGAAGAAGUUCCUGGGAAAACAAGAAAAGAAUGCGUCGAACGAUUUAAACAAAUCCGCGCAGCCAUUUUGGCGGCCAAGGGAUCGCAAUAA